AUGCCGGAGAGAAAUGACACCCACGAAGGGGGAGAGGGGAGAGAGGUGGGUGGAAGGAGAGACAGGCGAGAGACAGCGAGGGUGAGUGAGGAAGAGGAGGAGGAAGAGGAGGAAGAGGAGGAGGAGGAAGAGGAGGAGGAAGAAGAGGAGGAGGAAGAAGAGGAGGAGGAAGAAGAGGAGGAGGAAGAAGAGGAGGAGGAAGAAGAGGAGGAGGAAGAAGAGGAGGAGGAGGAAGAAGAGGAGGAGGAAGAAGAGGAGGAGGAGGAAGAAGAGGAGGAGGAAGAAGAGGAUGAGGAAGAAGAGGAGGAGGAGGAAGAGGAGGAGGAGGAAGAGGAGGAGGAGGAAGAGGAGGAAGAGGAGGAAGAGGGGGAGGGGUUUUGA